AUGCAAUCGCAAUCCAAUUCUUCCAGUUCUCCUGGCAGAGAUUCCGAGGCACCAGAACGCCCCCGUUUACCUUCGUUUCAAGAGAUCCAAGGGCAACUACAGUCCAGUACGGUUCUCCCUUCCCCUACUCUGCCUCCUCCACUCCCUCAGUCGCAUUUACCUUCCAUCUCCAUGCUCCUGCAUAACACUAGAACGACGCCGUUGCCGCCUGUAACUUACACAUCCCAUCCUGCCUACAUAGCCGAGCCGGAGGCUUCGCACCAGCCCCUUCCAUCCACCCCCGUUCAUCACCCUCCGUCCCCUCAUGAAGACUCUUCCAAAUCCAUGUCGGACAACUCGAAGACAAAGUACAGAAGAACUCGCAGAGCAUGUGAUCUCUGCAACCAGAAACGAACCAAAUGCUCGGGUGAAAUGCCCCGUUGCUCCCAAUGUAUCAGAACCAACAGCGUUUGCACGUAUCUUCGGGAAGAGAAAAAAAGAGGCAGAGCCAGCUCGAACUAUCCAAAAAUAAUCAUCCGACGGAAACCAACCAAAAAUAAAAGCCCGGAAACGAACCAAGAGCAGGUCAUGCUGCACGGCACGUCAUCGCACCAAUCGCCACCCGCCCUCUCGCAGCCGUUCCGGUACCCAAUUCUCAACCAAGUGGCACACGUCAUCUCUCAGCUCCAGAUUUCGCAUUUUCUUGCAAAUGACCUGGUUGAUUUGUACUUUCAAACUCCGUUUCCAGUCAUGAUCCUCAAUCCAAACCAGAUUCUCACCUCGGACCCACAGAGCGUGCGGAAAAUCAACGAGGGAUUCAUCCUAUCUAUGCUGCUCUGUGGAGCGGCACUUUUGCAACUCUCUCCAUCACCAUCUAUAUCCAAGGAGUCCUCGCUGGGACUCCUGGACAUGUUAUUUUACAAGACAAACAGCUUCCUACAAAGCUCCACCAAAUUAGACCACGAUGACAUUAUCUCAUACAUAAAUCUUGUCAGAGCAUACACGAUGGUUGGCGGCAUUCAUGAGGCCAUUCACGUACUCGACCAGGCCAUCAGUCUCGCUUUAAAGCUUAAAAUCAAUGUCGAGGACCCCUCGGAGUACCUGAUAUUGACGGAAGAGAAGAGAAGAGCCUGGUACUGCCUGGUCACCCUCGAGGCAGAGCUUAAACAUGGCUCGCAUCAUCCUUUCCUCACUAGAAACAUGUCUAGCUCAUUUUCGUCUGUAUAG